AUAUGUAGGCAGCCACAGCAGCUGCAGUCAAGUCAGUGAGAUCAGUGCGUUCUCGUCUCGCACAUACAGAAUCCUCGUCGCGCAAGUGGGACUUUCUGCGAAACGUACUCAAAGUGAACAGUACACAUUUUACGCGAUCGAAUUGUAAAGAGCAUCGUAUUGUGUCGUCGCGAAUAUGAGAGAACAAUAUUUGCAGUGAUGUAGUAUCGGCGACAGUGUUGAAAAAAAAGCAGAAGGAUAUACACGGCAACGCGGAGAAAAUUUUACCAAUUCUUGUGAUAUGCAUUAGGUUUUUUGAGUUUUUGUUUUGUGCGGGCGUGAUCCAUUUUUGUGGUUAUUGGUAGUGCAGUUCUCGGGGCACUUGCAGUGAAGAGGAAAUUUUCGUGGGAUACAGCCAAGGAAGAAUAGCUAUCUCGGGUGAAGUGAAGUGUGAGCCUGCAAAAAGUUAGGCAAAAAAGCAGAGUUUCCCAAGUAGUCCUAUCUGGCGUGAAUGGAAAUUGCGUGAAGAAAAGUUCGAGGCAGGAAGAAAAAAGCGAAUCCAGUGUGUGGUUGAGUAUUGAUUAAGUGUUCCGUCGUCACCUAAACCUCAGCCGAGCGCCUCCAGGAUAUAAGGCACAACAUCCGAUUCACCUUCAGCACUGAAAACUGGGAUUACAAGGACGGGAAAAUGUUUACGGGUACCCUACGUUUGAAAAUCUGCGAAGCCUGUGGCCUGCGACCGACGGAUUUUCAGACGCGACAUACGAUGACAUUCGGCAGACUCAGCGAUCAACUCAUCGAUCCGUAUGUCUCUAUAGAUGUUGAUGAAAAGUUCAUAGAACGAUCCACCACAAAACCGCGCACAUUCGAUCCAGUAUGGAAUGAGAGCUUUAUACACGAGGUGGAAAAUGCCAGCGCACUCGGCAUGACGAUAUUCCACGAAGGUCCCCUUUCAGAUGUGUUCGUAGCCAACACGACGAUUCCCUUCGACGAUCUAGUCUCACGAAACGAAUCUGACCAGCAGGAUUUUUGGGUGGAUUUGGAACCACAGGGUCGGUUACACGUCAAAAUCGAUCUAAAAUGGAACCAGGACUCCAGCAGUAUUGCGUCGCAACAGAUGCUGCAGCAGACGACGACAAAUUCCUACCGACGGAUGGGCGGCAAAGACCAACCAUUCCUAAACCGACGACGCGGUGCUAUGAGGAGGCGUGUUCACCAGGUUAAUGGUCACAAAUUUAUGGCCACGUUUCUACGCCAGCCGACGUUCUGCUCUCACUGUCGAGAAUUCAUAUGGGGAUUAAUAGGAAAACAAGGCUAUCAAUGUCAAGUUUGCACAUGCGUGGUUCACAAACGGUGCCAUAGUUCAGUCGUGACCAAGUGUCCCAAAAAGAAAGAUGAGCAGACCAGACCCACCCCGGAGGACGCGGCCCAGCGCUUCAAUGUAAAUAUACCACAUAGGUUCGCGGUGCACUCGUUCAAGCGGCUAACAUUCUGCGACCACUGCGGUUCGCUACUGUACGGCAUCAUCAGGCAGGGUCUGAAGUGCGAGGUUUGCAAUAUGAACAUUCACCGGCGUUGCGAGGGCAACGUGGCCAACAACUGCGGCAUCAACACGAAGCAGCUGGCCGAACUGCUGAACGAGAUGGGCAUCACCAUGGAUAAAACACCACCACGAAAAUCUAAGUAUUUAAAUCAAGCGACUAGUGAUAACUCGUCCACCUCGGAACGCAGCGAGGACAGUUCACUGGAUUCGCUUUCGACCAAGAGCAGCUUGGACACCGACAGUCUAUACUCGCAACAGGGCGCACACCAGCCACACUUGGGAGGCCGACCAACUUCUAGUCAACAGCAAAAACUGGUCGGUGCUGUGGGUGCCACGACUCAGGACGAUGACCGGGCAGCGAGCGGCGGUCAAACUGUUGGCAAGAUGUGCCUGAACGAUUUCAACUUCAUCAAAGUGCUUGGCAAGGGUUCGUUCGGUAAGGUGAUGUUGGCCGAACGGAAAGGUACCGACGAGGUGUACGCCAUCAAGGUCCUUAAGAAGGAUGUGAUCCUGCAAGAUGACGACGUAGAUUGUACGAUGACCGAGAAGCGAAUUUUGGCACUGGCGGCCAAACAUCCAUUCUUGACUGCACUGCACUCGUGCUUCCAAACACCGGACCGUUUAUUCUUUGUUAUGGAAUACGUUAACGGGGGAGACUUGAUGUUCCAGAUCCAGCGGGCGCGCAAAUUUGACGAACCACGGGCGGCUUUCUACGCAGCGGAAGUAACGUUAGCACUGCAAUUCCUACACCGCAAUGGUGUAAUCUAUCGAGAUUUGAAGCUGGAUAAUAUUCUUCUCGAUGCCGAGGGUCACUGCAAGCUGGCUGACUUUGGAAUGUGCAAGGAGGGCAUCAUAGGAGAAAAUUUGACCUCGACGUUCUGCGGCACCCCGGAUUAUAUUGCUCCGGAAAUUCUACAAGAGUUGGACUACGGCCCUUCGGUCGAUUGGUGGGCAUUGGGUGUUCUGAUGUAUGAAAUGAUGGCAGGGCAGCCACCGUUCGAAGCGGAUAACGAGGAUGAUCUCUUUGAAGCAAUCCUCCGAGAUGACGUGCUGUACCCCGUUUGGUUGUCACGUGAAGCGGUGUCGAUUUUGAAAGGAUUCAUGACAAAGAAUGCAGCGAAGCGGUUAGGCUGCAUCGAUGGCGAAAACCAAAUUCGUACCCAUCCGUUCUUCAAGGACAUGGAUUGGGAUGCGCUCGAACAGCGAAAAGUUCGACCACCAUUCCGGCCAAGAGUGGUAAGUAGUCCGAUUCUUCGAAUGUAUAUAAAAUGUAUGCUAACCUAUUUUUUUCUCGUCUUUCAGCGAAGUGCACGCGAUGCCCUCAAUUUCGAUACUGAGUUCACCAAAGAGGACCCAGUAUUAACCCCAGUGCCGAAUGACAUCAUCCGUUGUAUCAAUCAGGAAGAAUUUGCCGGAUUCUCGAUUGUGAACUCCGAGUUUGGUCCGGAGCGUAAGAUUGUUUGUUAAAAACAGCAGAAUCGCAAAUCAACCACAGCAACAAACAGCAAGAACACAUAUACAUUGCGCGCUUUACCGCUUAUAAGUGAUAAAACCAAAGAGUAAAAACCAACACAAGUAAGCACACAAACAAAACAAACAUACACACAACAAAUAGGUGUUGCUCCCGUCUUAGGAGCACUAUUAGGAAAGUAUAAAAACAAAAUGGAGACAAGGUGCAGAUGUUGUAGGAGCUUUUAUAACCACAGGACAGUCCUGAUUUUUAUUACAAAUGCCACCCUAACGGAUCGGUAUUGAAUGAGACUGCAUACCGAAUAUAGUUGGACAAGUGCUCGAAAAGUCACACAUGAGAUUAGAAUGCGUAUAUGGACGGGCAGGAGCAAAGAAACGCGAAGAAAUACGAUAGUAGGAGGACGUAGAGCGAAGACCGAAACGAACCAGUCGAUUUUAGUAGAAAUAACAAUUUAGUUGGUAGUUUCAAAUGAAAGCAGCAUUACAAAUGCAGGACACGUUUCGUUGAAGAAUCUGUUACUUAUAUUGAAUUUAGUUGCCAUACUGAUUACGAUAGGAUCGAACGAAUCAUCGAUUGAGCAGUGAUUUUUGGUUUAAGCUUUCGUCGGUUUAUUUUAUUAGCAAACUAAUAGCUUUAUUUGGUAGAGUAAUUGAGGGCGCUUGAAGCAGGACUUAGGAGUGCAAUAUUUUGAUGUUAACUUUUGUGUUUCUGUUAAGUUUAGAGCUGCUACGUAUUUGAUUUUUUUGUAAUCGUCAGUAAACUAUCAGAUAGGUUAACUUUACAAAUGCAUUUCACCAAAUGUUGAAUUCGUUUUCUAAAUGUUGGAUCGUUGGAAAGACACUUAAAUCAAUCAAUAAGCUCUGUUUGAAAAGUGUCAAAAACUAUAGGAAAACGUCCUACUGUCCAAGAAAUGAAAAACAAAUACAAAACAAUCACAGAUGGUUUGUUAAGUUAGUCCCAUUCAUCCACUAGUUAUCGUAUUCGAAGGUUAAUGAAUCAACGCCAUGUAUUUGGAACAUGCUUUCCCCACGCUAGUCAUUAGAUCACGUUCUAACCUAAUAGUAACGAGGUGCAUUACGUGAGUACUUUGAGUUGUAGUUAUGGUUGUGUUAUUUGAAUUGUGGCUGGAUCCUAUCCCCUUGGUUGCCAGGUUGCUUUGUAAGAUUUUUGUGUUAUUUUUCAGAUUUUAAAAUUAUCGAACCAGGUUGACUGAAAUACAGAUCUUUUUGUUUGCUUUAAAAUUUAUAAAACUAAUAUAAACUUUAACAAUUUAGAGAAAACGGACGAAUAAAUAACAGGUUAGAGCAUAGGGAAUCAACCUUAGUUCACCUCGAAAACUAACUUGGAGAACUAUAAACUUUGAAUUUUGAAUUAUAUUAGUCUGAAGUUUUAUUCUUGAAUUAUCUAAAUUUUAGUUUGCCUAUUCCAGAUUGAUUAUAAAAUACAUUUGUCCUCAGUAAGAUAUUUGACCCUGCAAGCAAGCACACACGUAUUACUUGUUUACAAGUUUAAUUUUUUUUCUCUAAAAAUGUUCUUUUGAUCUUCUGUGCCAAACUUUUAGCUAUAUUUAACGCACGGAUGAACCUGAAGUAUAAACUAAUAACAUGGAUCUAACAUUGAAUUGAAUUCGGAAGUCAAUGUCGCUGUAUUGAUAAUCAGCUGCACUAUACAGCUAUACUGAAGAUGUCUGGGUUCGAUUCCCGGUCGUGCCUGCCACACGAUAUGAGAAUGAAAAAAUGGCAGCUUUGGAAAAGAAAGCUCUCAGUUAUCAACGGUGGAAGUGCUCAAUGAACACUAAGUUGAGAAGCAGGCUCUACCCCAAUGGGGGUCUAAUGCUAAGAAGAAGAAUAAAGCGAAAUCGGAAUCGAAUUCCGUGCUAGAUCCACAAUAUUGUUCAUCAUCAUUCAAAGCAACCCAGCAGCCAUUAUAGGGGAAACAAAUCCUCUUAAAACCAAAAAUGUAUUACUUUAGUUUUAGUUUGUUAUACUAUUAUAGAGCGAAGAAAUCUCUUCCCAUGGAACUCAUCAACUAUGCCGUAAUGCGGAGGUAGCUAGGAAUAAGAAAAGUUGUUGUAGGAAAUCAAAGGGGUAAGGUAUCACUGACGUUUUGCGAGACAUACUCUCGAUAGUAGAGCUAUUUAUAAUCGAAAUCGUUGAUAGGACAAAUUUGUAGAUGGAGAAGGCGAUUGGAGAGUAUCGUGAAAGGAAUCGCGGAGGCAUAUGUUUCCGUGUUGAGAUGGUUUAGUUAUUAUUGCUAUUUGUGUCGUUGAAUGUGUAUAUCCUUGAAAUGAGGAGGAAAUGUUGGCUACAAAUGCAAUAAUUUGCAGUCAAGCGAACAAACUAUUUGUGUAACAUUGAGUGCUAGAAAAGUCGUUUUGGUUAUAAUUUGUAACAUUCAUCAAAGUUACACUGCAUCACAUUAUAGAAUGUGUAGCAUUUUAACAUAAAUUUGAGUGAUUCUCGCUGAAAUCAGGCUGAAGAUUACGAAAGCAAUUUUCUAUAUGUUCAAAUGUUU